AUGUUGAGUUACAACAACACCGAAGGCCUAGAUAUAUCUGAAAGCUGCUGUGAUAAGCCCUGUGAUGGAACUACAAGUUGCGAUCAUAUCUUUACUGUGUGUAUCUCGUCGUCUAGUAAUCAUGAUUGUGAUUUGAUUGAGUAUUCCGUGGGACCAUUCGACAGCAAGGAUUUCGUUUCCGAGGACGAUUUCAACGAAAACCCGGAUGCUUCUAAAAUAGUUACAUUUGAAAAGUGGAAUGGAGAAAUAUAUAUAAAGAUAACCGUUUCUGACGAUGAUACAGCAAUUGAUACAGAAGUUGAUACUCUGCAAGAUAUCUAUACUCUGGCCAAUGCUUCGGCAAUAGGCCAGAGUCAGAUUGAGCAAGUGGAUGUUACAGGUACAAGGGCUGUUUCUCCAACUAGCCUAACCUACUCCAUAUCAGUGUGGUGUGAUGAAAAAUCCUACGGUGGUGACUGUUCAGUGCAAUGUACAGAAGAAAAUCAUUGCGAAGGACACUAUUCGUGCGAUCCACAGACAGGAAGCAAAGUCUGCAUGGACGGUUGGAUGGGAGAGAAUUGCAAAGAUCCAUCGAACGUCACUGAACCUUGUACUUCCUCCUCAUGUGAUAAUGGAGGGACGUGUUUUCCAAAGGACGGUUCAUUCUCUUGUUGUUGCAUACCAGGGUUUGAAGGUCAAAUAUGCAGUAUUGAUAUUGAUGAGUGUGCCGCGAAUCCCUGUGACAAUGAUGGCACUUGUAUACAAAAAUUAGGAGGAGGUUUUACCUGUCAGUGUAAAUAUGGUUAUGAGGGAGACUUUUGUCAGAAGAGGGUGUGUGUCAGCAACUUCUAUGGUGAAGACUGUAAUACAUAUUGUGUGGCACAAGACACCUGCUCUGGCCAUUAUUUAUGUAGCGACACCGGAGAGAAAAUCUGCAUGGACACUUGGAGCGGCGAAGACUGUAACAUGAACGAUGACUCAAAAGUAAUUUGUGGAGGAGGUGUAGGCACGCUGUGUUUCAAUGAUGGUGUCUGCGACAAUGACGGUGAUUGUUGUUGUCGUAAUGGUUAUACGGAUCCGAACUGUGGAACUAUAUUGAAUACAUGUGAUGGUGUAAAUUGCUCCAAUGGAGGACUGUGUCAGCAACUCGUGGGCUAUUAUAUCUGCAAUUGUGCGGACGGAUUCACUGGCAGAAACUGUGAAGUUGAGAUUCAACACUGCUCCAUGAACCCCUGCAAAAAUGGGGCCAUUUGCCAAGAGUCCUCUACUGACGACUUUAACUGUACCUGCACUGAUGGGUUUGAAGGAAGGCUUUGCGAAUUGAACAUUAAUGAAUGUAAGACGAAUGACGUGUCCCCGUGUAAGAAUGGAGGAUCAUGUGAAGAUACAUUUGGGUCUUACAAAUGCACCUGCCCAGAUAAAUAUAUUGGGAAGGACUGUGAGCGCCUUCAAUGUCAGAGUAACUUCUAUGGACCGGAAUGUACGGUAGAGUGUACAUCCCACGAUGACUGCGCUGGGCACUACACGUGUCACAAUGAAACAGGUUCGAAAGUUUGUUUAACUGGUUGGAAGGGAUUUGAUUGCACCGAGCCAGAUGAUAUGGCAGUGACUUGUGAGGGAAUCCAUGGUUUGUGGAAAGGAAUGCUUGAAAUUAGCUCUGAAGAGUAUACCUUCGCCAUGGAUGUUGUUGAGCGAUCAUCAGACCUGGAAGGGAAGGUAUGGAUAGGCAAUCAAUCUGCCCACGAAGUUACUGGCACAAUAUCGAACGUCCCAGGACAGAACUCCUCGUUUGCAUUGAUAGCAGGACCAUGGCUAGGCGAACCUGGUGAAAUAUUGGUUUCAUUCCUAGGCCUUAUACACGAAAAUCGUAUAUACGGAGAAUUUAUUGCACUUGGAUCUGGAAUUCAACCGUUUCAAGCUUUUAAAGAAGGGAACUGUGAUAGUUCUCAGCUGUGUGUAAGAAAUACCUCUGGUGGAUCGUAUUGCUGUAGUCAAAUUGAAAGCACAUCGACCCUUACACCAGUUCCUAUGUCUUCCACUCGAGUUAGGGUAGAGCCGAGUGAUCUGUUUAGUUCCUAUUCAAAAUCAAUGGACAGUCUCAUAUCCAUCAUGGAGACUCAAUCCAUGGAAAUAUCCAGUUCCAGCAUGGAAGCUAUUGAUAUAUCCAAUUCACUAAUGGAAACAAUGGACAUUUUCAGUUCUCAAAUGGAUAUGUUUACUUCUGUGAAGGAAUCAAUGUCAUUGGAGGGUGUAUCAAUGGAAAUGUCUGCUUCGAACAUGGCAUCUAUGGAUAUUUUCAAUUCCGAAAUGGAAUCUAUGGAUAUUUCCAGUUCGCAAUCGGAUGAAAUAAUGAUUUCUCCAACUAAAUCAAUGGACAUGGCUAGUUCUGCUAUGGAAUCUACGGAUAUUUCAGGUUCUCAAAUUGAAAUGUUUACUUCUGAAAUGCAAUCAGAUGAAAUAAUAAUUUCUCCAACUGAAUCGAUGGAUAUGUUCAGUUCUGCAAUGGAAUCUAUGGAUAUUUCCGGUUCUCAAAUGGAAAUGUUUAGUUCUGAAAUCCAAUCGGAUGAAAUAAUGAUUUCUCCAACUAAACCAAUGGACAUGGCUAGUUCUGCAAUGGAAUCUAUGAGUAUUUCCAGUUCUCAAAUGGAAAUGUUUAGUUCUGAAAUGGAAUCGGAUGAAAUAAACAUUUCUCCAACUGAAUCAAUGGAUAUGGCUAGUUCUGCAACGGAAUCUAUGAGUAUUUCCAGUUCUCAAAUGGAAAUGUUUAGUUCUGAAAUGCAAUCGGAUGAAAUAAACAUUUCUCCAACUGAAUCAAUGGAUAUGUCCAGUUCUGCAACGGAAUCUAUGGAUAUUUCCGGUUCUCAAAUGGAAAUGUUUAGUUCGAAAAUGCAAUCGGAUGAAAUAAUGAUUUCUCCAACUGCAUCAAUGGAUAUGUCCAGUUCUGCAACGGAAUCUAUGGAUAUUUCCGGUUCUCAAAAGGAAAUGUUUACUUCUGAAAUACAAUCGGAUGAAAUGAUGAUUUCUCCAACUAAAUCCAUGGACAUGCCGAGUGAUACAAUGGAAUCCUUGGAUAUGUUUACCUCUACAGCCACAGAUUCAAUAGAUAUUUUUAGUUCUACAGUUGAAUCUAUGUUUGUUUCCAAAGUAAAUACGGAGGACAUAAGUACACCAACAGAAACAAUGGAUUUGUCUAGUUCAGAAGUGGAUGUUUUUAGUUCUCAAGUCCAAAAACCUGCCUCGGCUUCCGAUUCUGUAACACCAAGUAUAGGAGCAAGCCCCUCAGAAAUUGCCUCACUUCGUGAUACUUCAAGUAUAAUGUCUAUAUCACCAUCAAGUGUCGUGCCAAGUGUAUCAGCAAGUGUCUUGCCCAGUGCAAUUCCAACCACACCAAGUGUCCAGACAACAAAAAGCUACUCAUCUUCUAUACACGCAAACUACUUCACAUUGCUGAAAGAGAUAAAGGAAUAUCUUAAGACAAGUGAUAUGGCCGAUGUUGAGGCAUUUGUGUCUAAUAUUGUAAAGGACAUUUGGGUCACACUUAUCGGAGCUGAUGGCUGGCUGGUGAUCAAUCUUGAGAUAAAAGAAGCAAUUACACAAUAUGGAAUCGAUGCUGUACAGAUAAACUACGAUAUUGAGUUAGUUGAUGGCAGUGGCCUUAACAUAGACACACUCCCAGAACCGGAUAUCACCAGAACCUUGGUUACUGAUCUUACGACUGAAGUGAUCAACCUAGAAGUUAUCAGCAUAGAUGAUGAGUCAGUGUUGGUAUUUAUGAUGGAGCACGCCUUUAGGUUAGAUGUCACUGAUAUUGUACUUGAUGUGAAAAGUCAUAUGAGCAUAGCAGCGCAGAUAAAACUUGUGUGGGAGACUAUGGAUAGUAGCUACUCAGCUGCCACAUUUACUGUUGCUACCAUACCAGAAUACAUUGGUGAUGAUGGUAUUGAAGUCUGGGCAAUACACUACUUUAUCACGACUGCAAACGAGGUGCCCGUAGAUCCAUCAAUGGUUGAUCCUCCAGAGCCAAGUGAUCUGGUAGCUAAGUUGUUAGAGUUACCUCAGUUCACUGGUCUCCAGCUUUACACUGGGGAGAGUGUCAGCUACCGAUACAGUCAGUCCCUGCUGGUUGAAGGUGUGGUCUUUGAUGAGGACGUAGACACAAUUAAGACAUCUCUGAUGAACCUCUGGGAACUUGAAAAUCCAGGCAUGGCAAUAGAUGUUGACAUAAAGCUGAGAGAGAAGGUUUUCUCCAAAAGGACACAGCACACCAUAAUCAUGUACAGUGUCAACGUUGAAGCUGUUAUUGCUAACUCUUUUGAGACUAACAUUGACUUUGCCAGCAUAAGUCGUCCAAGUAUUCUGAAUGACAUAGAGUGGCCAGACAGAUAUGAUAUUGUGGAUAUACAAGUAGUUGAUGUGUAUCGAUACAAACAUGCUACGAAGUUCUCCGUCGUUGGAAAUAUACUUGAUUCGAGUAUUGAUAAUUUACAGCAAGCGAUACGGACAUCUUUAAUAGCAGAAUAUAAAGCCAGUGGUAUAGAUAUUGGGGUUGGCUCCUCUCCAGGUGCAGUAGCAAACCAAACCAGCAUUGACAUAAUGAUCAUCUCGAUUGAACCAAGCAUCGAUGUAUCUGGGAAUUUUGUCACUAAAAUUUCUUAUGUGAUGACAUACAUGAAUACAGUGUCGGACAGUCGGUCGGUUGGGCAUUCAGCUUUAAGUCAGGCAUCUACCAGCAAGGCCUUCUGUGACUCAUCCAGACCCAACAUAGCCCUAUGUAAUGUAAUCGAUGACAGUGUUACACCAGAUGAUGAUAUCUAUGUAUUGGAUAACGUAUUUAGCAUAGAUAUUACUGGAAAUGUGUUUAAAGAUGAUUACAUCAAGUUUGAGGAAGGAAUAGCAGAGGCAUAUGCAACAAAUCAAGUUUUCACAGGAAAAAGCAUUGACGUCAAAAUCCUAGGUGCGGAUCUCCUCUUCACAUCUUCAAGUGAUGUGUUGGAGACAACUAAACUUGUGUAUACGGUAGAAGCUGACGGAGUUUACCUUGAUGCAUCUACUUCAACAGCAGCAAAUAUAGAUGUCACUAGUAUCUCAAAUGUACUUGGUAUGCUCGAGUUCACAUCUCAAAGGAAGUAUACAAUAGCAACUACAGAUGUCACAACAAGGUCAUUUAGAGAGGCAUUGGAUUUCUCAAUUACCUCCCUAGUUUUGAAAGAGGAUCUUAACGAUCUCAAAGAGCAGUUGAAGAUUCUAUGGGAGUCUAAAGGAGUAUCAGGCGUGACCAUCACCAUUGCUGAUACAUCUGACGCGUUGUAUGAGGGAAACUUCAUCGUUGUAUUACGCUACUUCAUUGAGUCGUCUACGCCUCGUGACGUCAUCGAUAAAUUCAGCGCACCUUUUGUUUCGUUUGAAGAGCUCAAUCUCACCAUCUCUGAAACAUAUCAGCUGAUCAAUAUAGAGGAUGUGACAGAAUUAUACUUCAUAGACAGCUUGUUUGAUGUGACGUUUGAACAAAUGGUGGCUGUAGUUGAUUAUCCUAAGAUUACAUCUUCACUUCAAAAUAUAUGGACAGAUGUAACAGAAGCAAAGAUUGAAAUCCUGGCUCAAAGUGAGAUGCUAACUAAAUCAGGUGAAUGGAAACACAAACUCUGGUAUAAGGUGACCAAUGAAGAAUCUGGAUUGUUAUAUGAUGCCCGCGUGCAACUAGGCAUCACAUAUACCAGUAUUGCCUCAACGCUAGAUGUCACAAGUGUUACAACCAAGACGUAUACCACUGUAAACAUAGACAAAAAAGAGAUGACUUUCAAGAAGAAUUGUUUUAGCUUCAACCUUGAUAAACCUGUCAUGUUGAGUGAUGUAGAGAACGUAAAGAAAGGAAUAAAGGAAGCCUUUACAACAAUAUUUUCGUUAACCCUUGAAGUUCACAUAGGUGUGCGUAUGCAGUUCAAUACAAAUAGCGAUCGCCUCUAUUCUGUGUGGUUUUUCUUGGAAAGUGAUGAUGGUAUCAUUCAGCCUACUACAUUAGUAAGUUCUACCAUAACAGCUAUACAGAAUGCAAUCAACAAGCUGACUGUGACACAAUACACGAUCAAAAGCGCUGAGGAAGUAGACAUACUGCCUGAUAUGCUGUUCAAACUCUAUAUGAAGACAGAAGUUAGGCAAAGUGAUAUAAGUGCUGUUAUUGAGGCAACCAAAACCUCAUUCAGUGAGGCAAACCCUGACGUUGAGACUAGUACCCUGGAAGUAAAGAUAGUUACUACAAAAGAAGUGGUCAUAGACAUUGAUGAUAGCUCAAAGGUGGUGUAUGAGUAUGCCAUAUUGAUAACACGCGUGGACACCGGAGUUAUAGAUGCACGUAAAACAGAACCUCUAAAACUCCCCGAACUACCAGAUGAGCUCAGUUAUGAAUUCAUUUCUGUGGACGUAAACACUGUGAUUAUUGUACUGGAGGAAACUUUCUCCGUGGUCUUAGAUUUGAAGAUUCCUUUCUUCAGUAUAGUAUCAGUAGAAGAGAAGCUCACUAACAUAAUGACCUCUACAACAUCAAAUAUUGGAAGCCUACGGGUCAGCACUAAAAUUGUCUUCCAAGAGGAGUAUCUUACAAUUAGUGGGGACACAGUUGUUAAACUCCAUUUCAUGACUUACGACCGGUCUAAGAAUACUACCAUAUUACCUUACACGGUGAACCCAAUUGAGUUUACAGUUGUCGAGGAGGAGAUAUCCAACCUCAACAUUAUAUUGAAAGUUAUCAAAGAUAUUUACGUGGUAGCCAUUAGAAAGACAAGCACCAUAUAUCUAUCAAGAGCUAUUAUAGAUGAAGACGUUGAAAAAGUGGAAACAUCGAUCAAAACAACUCUAAGUAUAAGCGAUGCAACAGUUUCUAUCCUGUCUCAGCAAUUGAUGAUCACAUUGGAGGGGGAAUUUACGUACAAAGUAAUCUACACAGUGACUGUAGAACAAGAGGUGGUCAAUCCAACAUUUAUUGUCGCCAUUACUGAAGAAAAAUUGGUGGAGAUUUUAUCGAGUGUCAAAGUGUCAUCUAAACUUGACAUAACGUAUGCCGAAACCAUUACAACAAAGGAAAUAGUUGAUGCUAGCACUAUUGUUGAAGGGAGCACUGUCUUUAUUUCAAAGCAAGAAAUUGCAGUAGAGAAGAAGACAUUUUGGAAGAUUUAUACAAGUUCCGCAGUGGACAAUCAGAUUAUAGAUGGAAGAACAAUUGCAGACCUUAACCUUAAUGGUACAAAAGUGAGACAAAAGCUAAAUGAUGCUCGGAUAUCCAGUCCCGACGGCUCAGUGUACGAGAUUGUUGUAAGGCCGCAAUACGAUACUUAUAUUGAAACAAGAAGUGUUUUCUCCAGUGUUCUCAACAUUGCUGUCACUAUUGAGGAUAAGACUGAAUUUGAGGCCGUUUUGAAAGAAUACUGGAUGACAAAGCUUACUUCAGUAAUAUCUAGUACUUUGGCUGUCUCAAUAGUGAGGUCACAGGAGGUCAUCACCGAGGAAGGGAAUGUCGCCUGGAGUAUAGACUACACUCUUACCGAUGAUACCCAGUUACUUGAGUCUGUUAGGUUCACCUUUGUUGAUACUACAACACUCACUGUUAAAUUAGAAGCAACCUUCGGAGAGAAAUAUAAGGUCCUGGAUAUUGACAAAGCUACAGUAGUGAAGUAUGAGACAUGUUCCUCUGUCUACACGUCUGUUGUCGUAUCAGAGAAGGAUGUCGUGGACUUCCAGGAUUCAAUUAAGUUCGUUCUUCUGGAGGAGAAUCAAGUUCUGAAAACGAAAAUUGUGAAAGUGAAGAUCUUACUACAGGAGGAGGUGAUAGUAGCAGGUAAAAUUGUGAACAAGAUAUCAUACAGCGUGACAGUGAAUAAAGUUGUCAAAUCGUCAUCCGUGCUGAUCUCCGUCGACACUGACAAGCUCACCAAGGAGAUAAAAAGCAUAGAGGGUCCCAAAGGCGUAUACGAACUCAUUGUGGUCAGUAAAACGGACAAAGUUGUACGAUACACACAGACGAUGUCCUUGAUUUCCGAAUUAAAGGUUGCAGAGGAAGAUUUUCAGUCAUUUGCCUUUAAUCUGACCGAAUCUUGGAACGAACAACUUGUUUCUAAAUCUAUUUCUCUCAGAGUCAUUAUUUCGGUUGUUUAUCAAGAGGAAGUUGUUGUUGAUGGAAAAUUUGCCUUCAAGCUGUGUUACACAGUAUCAUCUGGUGACGAUGACAAUGAUAUCAUCACUCCCAUCGUGUUACCAUCCCUGUCUGUAUCAGUGUUCAAACUGGCUAUCAUUGCUCAGAAUGGUGUGUCCUACACACUGAUAGAUGUGACUAGUAAAACUGUGGUCAGGACCAAGCAAACAUAUGGAAUAUACAUGAAGACCACUGUACUUACAACUGAUGUUACUGCUGUAGAGAUUGCCAUGGUUGAACUUGUAUCUACGACAGUGCUUAUUUCUAGAAGCAAGCUUGAGGUUAAAUACAUUGCAACUCAAGAAUAUGUGCAGGUUUCAGGAGAGACUGUAUACAAGGUCCUGUUCUCAAUAAAGACACUGAGCACCAUUGUGAAUCUUAACAACUAUAAAGCUAUCAGUGAGGAAGACCUAAAAUUCACACUGAAUAUCGAUAUAACUUCUAGAGGGAUUAAGUAUUCUGAUCUUCUGGUUGAGUCAACCUCAAUAUCAAAGCUUACACGGAAAACUGGACUGUUUAGUUUUGUUUGCACCGAGCUCAUAGAUGUGGACUCAUUGGAAAGGUUCAAUACUGUCAUUGUUGAAUCUUAUUUUGAAUCCUAUUCAGCUAUAGUAACAACAGUUGUGAUUGGGGACAUUAAAGCAACGAUAACUGGGCAAGAGCGUGUCUAUGUUAAUGGGAAUAUAUAUUACAAUGUGCUCUUCAAGAUUUCGGUUUCUCAAGUGACAUUGGAUUCUCGUACAUCUAUUCGAAUUAACCAGCAGAGUCUGAAGGUGAAGAUUGAAACUGCAAACAUCACUUCACUUAAUGAACUAAAAUACGUGGCUGUUAUUGUAGACGAAACAACUAUUCUGAGAGAAUCAAAUGCUUUCUCGAUUAUUCUAAAGGAUAGAGUAAUUGAUACAGACUUAGUUGAAAUGGAAAUUCAGUUGCAGAAAUAUUACAAGGAAACUCUUGGUUUGACCAUAGAUAUCAAAAUAUCUCAGCAAAUAGAAGUUGUUACAGAAACAGGAGAGACGAGAUGGAAACUUGUGUACAGUGUUAAAAAAGAUACAAUAAUCAUGUCAUCCAUCUACUAUACAGAGGUGAACAUUAACACAUUUAACAUACAACUGAUGGCCGUGUCAUUUACCAGUAAACGUAGUUACACUUGUAUCAGCAAGUUAGAUGUAGUUACAGUGUCACGAGACAGUCUCCUCAGUUUCGGAGUCAAUGUCGAGGUUGCUAUGGAAGACAUUGCAAAGUUUGAGACCCUCGUGAAAACCUCACUUUUGAAACAAUCGUCGUUUAAGAGCUUGAGAGUGACAAUCCUGAAGGAGGAGAUUGUAGUAUCUGUUUCUAGACGUACACGGAUGCUCACUUGUCUUUUUACUGCUCGAUCUUCUAGUGCUAUCAUCAGAUCAACCCAGUUGCGAAAGCUUCGAAUAUCACAAGUUGAACUGGAUACUGUAUUUCAGACUAGAAAAUACAAAAUACUCGAAAUUGAAAAAACCUCCAUAAAAUUUGAGCAGAAAUUCAGUCUUUCGUUUGAAUCUAAGAUUCUAGAGACUGAUUUUGAUCUGUUCCAAACGAAAAUACAAUCUUUCUGGAGGUCAUAUAGAAGUGUAUACUCCAAUGUCAGAUGUGUGGUAUUUGGCCAGGAAAAACGGAUAACACUUGGAGGGAAAGUUCGAUGGGAGUUGAUAUAUUUCUUGGACGUCGGUGGUGUUUAUCUGAAUCCCCGCGCUAUCAAUAUCCCUGAUGUCUCUGUGUUCAAGUCCAGUCUUAAAGUCACAUCGGCAACAACAUCCAAGACGUAUGUUGUUGCAUCAAACGAGGUAGCAGUUCAAGUUAACAAGCUAGUGUCGUUUGUUUUGUCAACUAAGAUCCAGACGAAAGACAUUGCCAAGAUCCUAGCUGCAUACAAGGAGCUCCUUAUCAAAGAAUCCUCAAUUCUAACUGCUGACAGUUUCGAUGUGGAGUUUGUCUGUCAACAAGAGAUUGUUAAGGGCACUGGAGAAAGGGCAUAUAAGAUCUUUCUAAAGAUCAUAAAUAAACGUGGUCUUACUAUAAACCCCGUGACUGUAUCUGAAAUAACGUUUGCGUCACUACUUACCAAGUUGAAGACUAUUGAAAUAACGGACAGUACUGAAACAUAUGGUGCAUCUCUGAUAACUGUGGAAGAAGAAAAGGAGUUCCUGAGUGUUGAUAAUAUAUUCAGUCUCAAGAUUAAUCAGAAGAUAAGCAUCGACGACACUGAAAAUAUAACAAUUGCAAUAAAGGAAUCUUUGGUGAAACAAUUUGAAUCAAAAUGGACAGGAAAGCAGGUUGAUGUGAAAAUUAUCAAAGUCGAAGAAGUGGUUGAUGGGUUCGGACAAGUCAGCUAUAAGGUGGAUUACUCUAUAAGUGUUGAUGGUAAACUUCAAGUAACAAAUGAGAUAGAAUCUAUAGAUAUCUCCAUAAUUACAACAACCAUUGCUACAAAGGAUAUACGUGGACCAAAUGGGGACCUGCUCGUCGUGUCGAAGAUAGACGUUGAUGCAACAAAGACAGUGAAAAAGAUUGAAAACUCAUUUUCGUUUUUCACAAGCUCAAAAAUGUCUUUUGUUGAUAUUAAUGUCAUGGAGAUAGAGCUUAAGAAGCAUUACGAGAAUAUUCAUGAAGGUUCCAAGAUCAAGGUAGAAAUCAGUCACCAAGAAACAGUCAUUGAUGAAUUUGGGAAAUCUGUGAACAAGAUAUUUUACUUUGUGACAAAAGAUGAUGUGAUUAUCGACGCAUCCAUAGAUGUUAACAUAGCAACAUCUGUAAUAACGAAUAUUAUUAAAUCUACCACCUUUCCAAGUGGAACCACCUACAUCGUACAAGAAGUCAAUAUAUCAAAAUUGAUCACAAAAUCAGAGAUAUUCUCUCUUGUGAUAUCUGGUAAAAUCACAACAGAAAUGGAACUGGAAGUGAAGAACGUGAUCAUUCGGUCAAUUAUCGAGGCAAAUCCAGAGUUACUUGGGAAAAACAAUGAGAUCACCAUCGAUUUUAUCUCUCAGACUGAUGUACAGAUUGGACGGGAAAUUGGCAACAAGCUUAGCUUCACAUGGUCUCUAAGUGGAACCAGAGUUGACAUAUCAUCCUACAAAGCCAUCAGUACAUCCUUCUUCCGUCAGCUUCUCUCUACUACUGAUUCCAUUAACAUAGUAGGGAUUGACGUAAAAAUAUCCGAUGUUGUAGAUUUGUCCAUGCGUUAUCAGUUAUUUAUUAAACAAAAAAUUGACAUUUCUCACCAUAGUAAAUUCAUCAAGGGUUUCACUGAUACUUGGAAGGAAUACAUCAAAACUCAAUCAGUAAUUGCAAAUACCAUCUCCUCUAUCAACAUAGAUGUUUAUUUCACUGAGAACCCGUUCUUCAAUAUAGAUGGAGAAACAUGUUGGGAAGUAUACUUCUUUGUCUAUAUUGACGAUAAGCUAUAUGAACCUGGCGUAUUGACUGGUCCAGCACUGAUCCAGUACCGCAAGUUCAUCACAUUUGACUCUGUGAGCGCCACGAGGUAUCAGAUUAUGUCAAGUAAGAGGUUCAUCCAGGCCAGCAGAACCCUUAAGUUCUAUCUCUCUGUGGAUGUUAAUGUAGCCGAUUAUACUUCAAUUGCACGAGCCUUGGAAAUACUCUUCAGCCAAGAGUGGGGUUUGGAUUUGGCACUGUUAAAGGUCAACAUAGUCCGUAAGAAGAUGUACACCAGUAAACAUGUAGGACCUCUAAUCUCAGAACUGUCAUUCUAUGUGGACUGGGAUACACGUGGAACAAUAGACCCUGCAUUAUAUACCUCAAUCUCCUGGCAGAGAAUCAAAGCAACAUUGAUGUCCCAGACGUAUGGACAAUACGUACUAGAUGAUACAAAUCUGAAAGAACUAAUCCCAAUUGAGGGCUACUACACCAUUUAUCUAACAGAGGAGAUCCAAGUGGGAUUGUAUAAAACAUUGUCCCUUGCACUUGUGGAUGCAUUCAUUGAGGGAGGCUAUGGUGGGAGCAGUGUAUAUAGAGCACAAGAUAUAUCAAUAGAGAUAUCGAAACAAGAUGAAAUGAUACCAUUUUUAAGGAAUAGCGUGUUUAGAAUCCAGUUUAAAGUUUACGUGAAUAAUACCCAGAUAGAUGGCACCACUGCUAUAGGUUUCAAUGCAACAUGUGUUUCUAAUGCCCUGACCAAAUUCAACCUCAGUGGAAUAUUGGACAAGGCUUCAAAGAACCUAAAAGCAGUCUCGGUUGAUGAAACUUCUCUACGACUGGUUGAGAAGUCACAUAGAGUAGUGCUUGAAGGAACUGCUGUACACUCAAAGGAAGACAUAGAUGAGGUUGCAGAAUCAAUUCUAGAUAAGCUAAAUGCAUUAACAGCUGGUACUGAAGCUCAGAUCAUAAUUUCACAAGUUCAACAACUUAUAAACACAAUUAAUGGAGAUAAGUAUGUGGGAUUGGUAUUCUAUAUUGUCAAGAAAGGUACGGAAAAUCAGUAUGUGAAUGUGAGCCAAUAUGAGGUCCUUAAUGCAUUAGAAGAAGGGGGUAUUUCUUUGGACACUUCAUCACUUGACCUGGUGAACGAACGAUAUCUUUUCAAUGAGAUAUUCACCAAGCAAGAAUUGACAACCGACGUCUUACAGUUGUUUACUAACGAAAUGAAAGCUCAGCUUAUUUUGAAUAACCCUGGUAUUAAUUUCACAAAUGCACUGAGUGUAGAUGUAGUGAUAAAUGAAGAAGUGAUUACAACAAACAGGGAGACCUACUACAGGAUUGUCUACAUAGUGCGAGACGGUGAUAUAAAAUACAACUAUUUGACAUUGUCGCCGGUUACAUCACUUGAAAUCACUUUUGGGAACAAUACAUAUUCUCUGAUACAGCUCAGAUCGAGUUCAAGUCCAACCCGUAUGGUUGCUUUAAAGCGAUUUGAUAGAUUGUCAGUCUUUGUAGAUCAGUUUGUUGUUGCGCAACAUUGGUCCAAAUUUGAAGAGGCUUUUAGGAUUACAUUUGAAAAGAUAAUUGAAGCAGAAUAUGGAGAUAUCCUAGAAAUGAUGAAACUGGAAGUAAGAAUUAUGCAUCAGGAGAAAUGGCUUGGAAUCCUGCAAGGAGACUUUUGGGAAUUGGCAUGCCUGAUUCGGCUUAAUGGUAUGAGGUUAAAUCCUUUGCUACUCCCAAAGUUAACAGUGAACUUCGUCAAAGAGUUCCAAGAAUACUUGUUGAUCACAUCAGUUAAGAAAACAGAUUACAAGAUUCUGUUGGAAGACAUCACUACACAUAUUCGGGCAAGGACGACAUACAGCUUCUUUCUAAAAGAGAAGAUUAAACUAUCUGAUAAGGCUGUGAUUAUCGAUGCACUUAGGAUGUAUUUUAAAACAGAUUUCACCUUAACUGUUGAUGUUACAUUUGUUCGACAAUACGAGAGAAUAAAACUAGGAUCUAAUGGCCUAGAAACCCAGAUUGAAGUGAUUGUCUCGGUGACUUCCAACAAAAGGGCCAUCAAUACUGGAUUCUUCAGGAAGAUCACCUACACAGCCCUUCGAAACAUACUUGAUAUCACUAUCAGUGGCUCCUCCUCGACGUACUCCUCCUUAUUACUGGACGUAGAUAUCAGCGCUGAUACAAGGCUUGGGUUGUCGAUUACAUCAGACUCAUUGUUUUCAAUUGUAUUGUCAGAAUUCGACGUUGAUGUCGAUUCUUCAUCAGUUAUUGAUAUCUUAAAACAAACAUUCGUUCGAACGAAUACAAAAUAUUCACUAGAUGAACUACAAAUCAAGCUUCUGAAACCGAAAACGAUUAUUACCAAAUCUGGACUGACUGUCACUAAGCUUGAGUUUGCUGUUGUUGUUGACGGAAAGCUGAUUUCAUCCAUUAACUUCCCUGAUGUAGAUUUCGACGUAGCAAGAACCAUCAUAGAAGAAAGACAAAUAAGUAUCAAGGUCUUGGAUGUUGACAUAAGUACUAGCAUUGAAACCACAUCAACACGCUCUGUAACCUUCACUGAGAAGAUUGAUAUUACCAAGAAAUUAGUAGUAGAAGAAAAACUCACUCAGUAUUAUAAGGAACUUGUUGGGGAAAAAGAUACGGAGCUAAAGGCAUGUUUAAAGGUUGAGUUUACCAAUAGUGUUGGCAGUCUUGUAGAUAACACCCUGGGCACCAAUUUGUUUGAGUUUAACUAUGCUCUUAAGUGCAAUGGAAAGGUAGUUGAGCCAGACGUUUUGCCAGACGUGGAUCAAAAAGCAAUCAUUGAUUUGUUGACAAAAAUCAAAGUGGAAAAAGGAAUCGAUAUAACUGUUGUGGACACUACAAAGCUCAAACUUGUUGACAUUACAAAGGUCCUCACAUUCACCAGUAAGAAAGUGAUCGCCAUUGAAAAAUACGAGAAAAUCAAAACUGCUAUAAAGAAUGUCAUCCAGAAUACAGGAAUAACAGUGGAUUUUGAUGUUGUCAUUGUUAGUCAAAAGGAAGUGAUUACAACGGAGGGCUCGGCAUGGACCCUUAGCUACACCCUCAGUGAUGUAUCGUUACUGGAUCAAGUGUCCAUCUCAGCUGUGAAACUGCAACAAGAGUUUGAAUCACUCGCUGUGGAUAUCGAAAUUGUGACCCUUGUUGAGAAGUUUCUUCAAGUAGAGCAACAGUUUAGAGUGUUUGUUAAUGAAAUUAUUCGCACAGAUGACCUUGCUAUCCUUCAAGGAGCAAUAAAGGAAACAUGGCUUCAGUCUGAUCAGAGUUUCACUAGUCUUGGAGUUGAAUUACGAUUUACACCUGUUGAAGAAUACUUCAAGACCGAUGGAACACCAGUGUUCCUAUUAUCAUACUGUCUGUGGUUGAAUGAUGUAAUGCUGGAUCCUGCUGUAAUACGAGGGCCUUCCCUGAUAGCCUUCAACACAAAGAUUAAACAAGUCUUGUCCACAUUUAAACGUGACUACACAUAUACUUUAGAAGUCGAGCGUGGAUUUGUCCGCCGUGCCUUUACUUCUGAGGUGUACAUAUCUGUUUCUCUAAAAGAUGAAAGUGUAGUUGAAUUUGAAACAGCCAUGUCUAUGUUCUUGAAAACUUUACUGGCUGAUGAUGAUAUCAAGGUAAAAAUUACAACCCAGAUAGCGUUACUUAGAACGAAUGGGGCAUCUGUGAAUCACCUUCUCUACACCAUAAACAGAGAUAAGGAUGGCAAACUGAUCACAAUGAAUCCUGAUAUAUACAGAACAAUUACAAUAGACGAGUUGAAACAAGCCGUGAUAAAUGUGACGAUCACUGGGGGUAUUUCCCUAAAGCAGGCAAUAUUGAAAAGAUCAGAUUUGGGAGACCUAUUUGACUUGAAAUCUCUCUUCACUCUGACAUUUACAGAGGAUUUCACCUUGGGAGAGAGUCAACUCAUCGCUGCUAUCUCCUCUGCUAUAAAUGAAAGUAAUAUUGAUGUGACAAUCCUAAAGUUAGAAGAAACAAUAACAGUGAUUGGGUCAAGGACAAAGAAAUUGUUCUUCACAAUAACUAUUGAUGGGGACAAUGUCGACUCUAGAACUAAACCGGAUAACUUCAUAAACAUUGAGCUAAUCAAGCAGUACCUCUUGGGUAUCAAUGCAGAUGGUGGUCUUGUAGAUGAUGCUACAUUGGAUGUAGAAAUUGAGUUUACUAUAGCAUUCCGAGGCAAGAUUAUGCCAAUUGAUAUAACAGCUGUGGAGGUUAUUUUAAGAAUGUACCAUGCAUCUGUUGUGACAGGAUAUGAAGAGUCUUGUGUUACUUCUCAGAUUGUUUCUCAGGAUCUUGUUGCAGAUAGACAUCGCAAGUUGAACAGAGUGAGGUACACUGUUGGCUGUGGAGACAUGAAGAUUACACCUGAUUCACAGACUAGAAUCACAUUUGAAACAUUGCAUGAGAACUUUGUAAAGGCUGGGUCAAUAUACGAGCCUAUCGAUAUAAAUGGAUUGGAACUCAUCUCUAUUGAUAGAUUGUUCUCAAUCUACGUUGACAGUAUUGUUGAUAUUCAUGAACACCUGCCAAAGCUGAUUCUAAGAUCUAUGAAGAGCACUUACAUUGAUCUACAGGAUGCUUCGUUUUCAAUUAGCUUACACUUCAUAGAAUCCUACACCAAGAAUGCAAAUUACACAGGAACCAGUGAUCUUGAUAAAGAUUCUAUUUAUAAGGUGACAUAUGGAAUUGUGGCCGAUGAGGCAAUUGUGUCUUCUAUGAUCACUAAAGGAGUAGACAUCAUUAAUCUACAAACCAUCAUAGAUGAUAUCCCUGAGGUCGAUUUCAAACUUUUAGAUCCAUCAACCUUAUCCAUAUACCCAAUGGAAUUCCGUAUACCUCUGUUCACAAAGGAGAGGAUUCCAAGUAUGCAAAUUGCAGAUUUUGUGGCAGUUUUAGAACAACUGUGGAAAUCCAAGCCAGAAUAUGGGAAUUCUUCUCUUGAGGUGAAACCAACUACAAUAGAAGAUUUGUAUACAUUGAAUGGGGAUGAUGUUUAUGGCUUGUUUUACUUUGUGGAAGUUGAUGAUGUUUUGGUAGAUCCAUAUAAUGGCCUCAACAAUUUAGAUCUGGAUGAGAUCAAAUCUGCGAUAUCCUUCGAAACUAACAUUGGCACUGAAUACACCUUUGUUGAUAUGAGGCCGCAUGAGCUCAUACGGACAUCUGAUAUGCUAGAGUUCUACUAUCAUAAGAAUAUACCAAGGCUUCAAUACCGCUUGAUUGAGUCAAUUUUGACAAAAUUGUGGAUGAGAAGUGAAAACACAAUUUCUAAACAAGUUUCUUCCAGGAUUGUUGCACAAGAACCUUACUAUAAUAAAGAUGGUGAUCUCAUAUACAAAAUAUCCUACAUUCUCAUGUAUAUGGACGGAACUCCAGUUCCUCCAAAGAUGCACUCAAUGGAGAAGAUAACAAUGUUGUAUAUGGCAAUUCUUGACGCGUUUCCUGAUCCGGACCUAGACAAAGUACACUUCAAAACGAUUAUUCAACAAGUUGAAGAAUUCCAAUCAACAAAGAUGAUGCUUCAAAAAUAUGUUUUCUCUGAAUAUAUAACAUAUGAUGAUUUCCUACCACUGAUUGAAGCAUUUGAGUUUCAAAGACUUGGUGUUGAACUAAAGAUAAUCGGCCAAAACAGAGUAACUACAGACUUAAGAAUACCACUUGUCAAACCAAUACUGAUGCUGAUAAGGAAUGGGACGAUAAUGGAUAAUAGAAAUAACAUACCUAAAAAUGAGUGGGAAUAUUUGCCAAAAUCAUUUGUGAAUCUCAUCGGUUUAACUACUACAUACGACCUGGCUAUGGCACAUUCGUUGAUCUUGAAGAGCAAAAUAACUUCUGAGGAUAUACAGCACCUGGAGUCACAACUUACUAUGUACCAUAAAACCUUGAACAGAGAGUGUAAGUGGGAUAUUAAGGCAGACCUGGCUAUUACUAGUGCCAUGAAUGAGACCAGUGAAGAAGAGACAAUGUGGUUGUGCCAGUAUAAAUGCAUGGCGAUGCACUGGUGCACGCUGUUUGUGUACAGUGCCAACGACAAACAGUGUUUGCUGUAUAGCCAAGUAUUUGACGACCUUCUUGCGACUAAUGUUGAAGCUGAGCAAGGAACCAAUAUUUAUGUGUGUCAAGAGACAGCGAAUGAUUGUCUUAACACAAAGUUCAUCAUGCAAGAAGAAAAACUUGUGGACUAUGCACUUGGCCCAGUGUUCAAUGUGUACUACCUGGUCAGAUGUGAUAACAUUGUAAAAGAUGUUCGUAUGGAACCUGCAAUCAUUAAAUCAGAUCUAGAAGUCUACAUCGAUGAGGACAAGUUCACUAUUGCUGAUGUUGAUAUCAGAAAUACAAUAAACUAUAAAGAUGCUUGGUAUAUUGAUUUGUCCACGCAUGUCCUCGAUACUGACAUUCCUGUCUUGAAGAGUGCCAUACGUGCAGCACUUUUAGAGACCAAUGUUGGUCUAAAUGCCAUUAUGUUCAGUGUAAACAUUUUGGCUCGUGAGCAGGUCAUCUCUACUACCGGAACCAUUGGGACUCGGGUACUUUACAAGAUACAAUCCGAUGACAGUUUAAUACAUACCUUAGACCUCAAUUCCAAACUAGACAUCAUUACACUACAAGCCAAGCUUGACGAGUUUUUCACUAUUUCAUUGUAUACAGCGGUAGAUCUUGUAUCAUCUGGACCAGUCUAUCAGUAUAAUCGGAGGUUUACACUCGUAUCAACUCUGAGGUUGCAGGAUGAACUGCUUGAGGAGUUUACGAAAUCACUGCAGCUUGGCAUGAAGUUGAAAUUGACAAAUUUCCCCCAAUUUGAUGUUGACGUGACAAUUGUAAAGCAAGAGGAAUAUUAUGAUGGAGAAGGGAACUCAGUUUUGGUGAUUACUUACUUCAUCACUGUCAAUGACCUUGUGAUAGACUCUGGGGUUGUAGAGACAAUAUCCAAUGAAAAACUUGAAGAAUAUAUUAACUUUACAUCAACAACCCAGGAGGAGUUCAAAUUCAUCAAAUUUACAAAGGAAAUAAUUUCAGCUUCGUCGGUCGUAAAAUUCAUAUUAUCCAAGAAGAUUGUUAAUGUAGAUAUUCUAAGGAUUGAGACAAGUGUUAAGGAACUAAUCAAGGGGUCGUUUAACAUGCAGAAUAGUGACUUGGAAGUGAAAAUACUACGACAGAACAUCAUUGUCACAAAAUCAGGGGUAACACUCACUGAAGUCAUUCUCAAAAUCCGAUCUGAGGAUAAGGACAUUAAUACAUUUGUACCUGCUAACAAUACACUACAAGCAGUUGUUACAUUGGCCCUCCAAAGCGUUUUUGUAACUGGAGGACAUGUGUCGUAUGGUGCAUUAGUCGUUCGAGAUGUCAAGGAAACGUUUAAUUCAGAGUCAAUCUUAUCAGUUGUUAUCUCUACAAAAGUACAGAAAACAGAUGAGAUAACCUUCGUUAGAGCUGUCAAAGAAACGCUCAGAAGUCAAUUUAAUAUUUCUAUAGCCAGUGAGUUUGACGUGGUGUUGCUAAAGCAGGAAGAAGUCAAAAUAGAGAGAGGCUUAACUGCUGUCAAGAUCUCAGUGGCAAUCCAGUCGAACACAACGCUGGUAACGGAUACUGUAAUAACAACAGAGAUAGAUGUAGAAAUAUUGAAGGAAAAGCUUACAGAAGUUGGCCUCGACUCUCUAAAAGUUGUUGUGACUGAAUCAACAAGUGUUGUAACAUCAGAAAGUACUUUCAAGCUACGAUUCUCUACGAAGAUAGAUGUUACAGAAGUUAUCAAAAUAGAAAGGGCAUUACGGGAAUACCAUAAGAAAGCAAAUGCAGAGUGUGUCAGUUGGACAGAAACAAAGAGAACUCUUAUACUGGCUGGGCGAAACAUUCCAAGUAUUGCAUCACAUGAACUGUGUAAACCUGUAUGUGAGAUGGACCCAACAUGCAAAGCAUUCAACUAUAUGCAAAGCACACAGAACUGUGUCCUUCAUGAAUAUUACUUAAAUGAGGUGGAUGAUGAUAUGGUGGUAGAUAGUGAUGGAUUCAACUUGUUCCAGUGUACAAGAGAAGACACAAGUUGUUUCAACGUGAAAUUUAUCGGAAGCAGUGAGUUUGUCGAUAACAACAGGAAAUCGCUUCACGAGAUCAGCUAUACUUUAAAAUGUGGUGACAAAAUUAUCAAACCUGAUGAAUUACCAGCCCCUGAUAUAUCUGUCAUCCAAACAUAUAUCACAGCAACUAAUACUUCACUCAAGCUGGUUGAAUCGACCAGUGUGAAUAUAACAAAGGUUACAGAAACACAUAGUAUCGUGGUGAACAAUUUUGUCACAAUGGAAAUGUUUUCCAAGUUUGAAGUUGCUAUAAAAUCAGCAUUUGAAAAGAAAUUAGUUGGAUCUAUAUUCAAUGUAUUCAUUCUCAAGCAGGAACAAGUCCUAUUGAAGGAUGGAACCAUGUAUUGGAAGUUAUUUUUCACAGCGAAACCAUUGACAGACAUUGCAUUUGACAUUACCAGUAUCAUUGGAGAGAUUACCACAUCCAUUGCUCAAGCAAAUAUUGAGGGUCCAAGAGAAAUGUAUAGCAUUGUGCCUGGUAUAAAUAUUACAUUCCCAUACGAGCAGCGUUUCGACUUAUUCAUCGGAUCUAAAGUAGCGGUUCAAGAUUAUGUCAAAUUUGAGAAAUCGUUAAUAGAGGUCUGGACAAACUUCAUGGAUUUUCAAAUGGAUGUACCUUUGGAUGUUAAAAUAGUCACACAGCAAAGGUUCAUUGACAUCGAUGGCUCUUCUAAGUGGAAUCUAGUUUACUUUGUGUCCUUUGAUGACCAACUACAGAGCUCAGUAACCAUUUUGGCUCCAGAUGUGUCACUAAUCCAGAAAUCAAUUGAUUUCACCACAGUAAAAGGCAACCUGUACACAAUCUUGGAUGUGGACACCACCAAACUUGUAUUAGAUGACCUAACACAGAGUGUAUACCUGAGAAGGAAAAUCUUCAAAGAGGAUCUAACAAGCUUUACUUUGAAAUUAAAGUCUUUGUAUUCCUUUGAUGUCGCUGUUGUGGCCCAGAUCAAUUAUGUAGCAAGUGAAAUCGCUCUAAUGGCUGAAAGAGAAUUUGUAAAAGUUGCAUUCGUAAUAAAAGAUUCAAUGGGCAAAAUCAUACACCCAAACAGCAUAAGAGAGCUAACACACGUCCAACUACAGACAGUAUUAUCGGAUGUUAUGAUAUCAAGUUCUUCUAUCUCAUACUUGUCUUAUUUGAUUGACAAAACAUCAGUUUCAAGCUUUGUUUCUGAGACGAAACAGACAUUCAGCAUCACGCUUGAUACAACAAUAGACAUGAAAGACAAAACUACUGUUGAACAAACAUUUGCACAGAUCAUCAAGGAAUCAAAUGAUAUCAAAGAAGAAGUAACAUUGAAAAUAGUCAGUGAAAGCACAGUCAUAACUUCAACAGGGACCACAGCCACUGUUGUUAGGUUCAUUGCCACAACGGCAACUGGAGUUAUUUCUUCUAGUUUAUCUGUAGAAAUUAAUUCUACAGUUAUACGUGAGAAGUUUGUUGAAAAGAAUCUGACUUAUUCUGUACUGGAAGUUGAUACAACCAAGAUCCGUGAACUGUCUAAGUCAUACAGUCUAACACUUAAUAGGAAAGUAACCAUCAAAGAAAAAUCAGAAAUUGAAAUGGCUAUUCUAAACUAUUACCAAAAGGAAAGCACAGAAAGUAAACAUCUAGCAGUUCAGAUUAUACAACAAGUUGAGGUUGUGAAUAGUGAAACCAAAGAAUCCUAUUCUGAACUCAAGUAUUUCGUUACUCGGAACAAUGUUGUUGUUGAUUCGUCAGAAGAGUUCCCUGUGGAUUUUAAAAAGCUUGAAGCCAGCUUAAGCAUUACGACUUCCUCUGGAGUUAAGUUCAACUUGGUUGACACGACCAAGAUGUCUUUGGCAAGGACAAACAGCAUGCAGUCUGUAUUUGUCAACUACAGAGUACUUGAGAACAAUUUGGCAGGCUUUGAAACAGCCAUACACAAAGCACUGUUAGCGAAGUAUAGCGGCAGUUGCACAUUUACAGUUGAUAUUCUUAAGCAAAGAGAGGCAUUUAUGCUGACUACUAAGAAAUCCGUAUUCAAACUAUCCUAUACAUUGUCACUGCAAAACGAUUCAAAUUGUGAUGUUGUGGCUGAAAUGAAGACAUUGACAUCGACAUUGGAUACAAUUACAAUAGAUGAUAUUGUGAUAUCAGUUGAUGCCCCGGUUGGAAGGGAAGCCUACAAAUUAAUAAGUAGUGAUGAUGAAAUUGUUGUAUCGGUUGAGAAACGUUUAGCAGUGUACUUUGAUAAUAUGCUUGAUGAAUCUGAAUUGACAAGAGUUGUAGUGGAACUUACUAUGGCAUGGUCUGCUAUUAAAACAGGAGUAGUUGUUAUCAAACGGGGACUACUGAAGGAAGUUAUUACUGACAUGGGAGAUACAAAGUGGGUUUUGGAUUAUUUCCUGACAAUUGAUGGUCAAAUCAUUGAUGGAGGCCUAGAGGACGACAGUAUGGUUAUAUCGAACAUUGUUGGAAAACUACCAGAGUUGAAUAUAAGCGUUAAUGUAAGUGGAACAGUGACUGCAAUGAUGACUAGUGCAUUGGCCUUGAAGACAAAAAUACUGAUGGAAGAUCGACCAGCCAUUGAACUCUCACUUAAAUCAAUGUGGCAAGACUUUACAGGAGGUAGUGAUGUAACUGUCAAGAUCGUCAACCAACAACAGUUCCUUACGAAAACUACUGAGUCCGUCUUCAAGGUACUUUACACUGUAUCUGUUGAUGGCAAUCGUAUAGAUACCAGUGCAUACAGAGUCAUUACCUAUGACAUGUACAAUACACUUAUUGAGGAUAUAAAGAUCUCGGGCCUGGAAACAACAUACGCAAGUCUAUUAGUUGAUGAAACAUUGUUGGGUCCCCUGUCCAGAGUUGAAAUGGAGGAUGUUGUGUCGUUCUUUAUCACCAAAAAACUUAUUGCAAAUGAAAGUGAACGAUUUGUCAAUAUCAUAAAGACGAGGAGUGAAAAACGUUUCAAGAAGGAUGUGAUUGUGGACAACUUAAAACAAGAAGAGUUCAUAGAUCAGUUUGGCCUAACAUUUGUGAAGUUUAGCUUCACAUUGGAGACAACAUCUGGACGUCUUGAGCAUAUUGUGGCAUUGCAAUCAUCUGAACUAAAUGUGUUAAAACAGGAAAUAGCUAAAACAGAUUUGGAGCUUGAGAUUGCAAAUGUUGAUAUAACAAAACUGAAAGAUGUGUCAUCAUCUUUCAAAAUAUUGCUGACAUCUAAAAUACCUAAAGUAGAUAGAACCAGUAUAGAGAAUUCAAUGAUUCAAUACUAUAAGGAAAGUUUAGGAUUAGAUUUAUCUGUACAGAUCGCCAUGCAGAAGGAAGUACUAACCACGACAAGAGUGGUAAAUCAAGUUACAUACUUCAUAUCAUCUGACACCAUGAUAGAAAAGACAUCGGACGAAUUGGAAGUAUCCACCACUCAAUUUAAUGCAAUACUCAAAGCCUCCAAGAAGCAAUAUGUAUCAAUAGACAAGGAACAAACUACUGUCAUAAAGGAUAACCAAGUAUUUGAAUUACUACUGAACAAAGCAAUUCAUGAAACAAAGUUCCAACAAAUCGGCAAUGUUAUAAGGAAGGCUAUCAUCACUGGACAAAGUCCAUCUAUUGAAACUAGCUUGCUGCGGGUCAACAUAAGGAGUGUUAAAGAAGUCAUAACGGCAACAGGAAGCAUAUCUUUCAAGAUAUCAUAUUAUCUAGAUGAAUCUACAACUGGCAAUAUCAUUGAUAAGACAGUGAUAAUGCUUCCAAGUGUAACUGAGUUAAAUGAUGCUGUAACAUCAUUGAAUGUCCUGCCACCAAGUGGACAAUAUGAGUUUGCAGAUGCAUCGGACUCAAAUGUGUACCAAGGGGAUGUGCAGAUAGAUGUCAAUUUGAAGCACAAAAUCAUUAAGAAACAGAUGCCGGAUUUCGAGAUAUCUCUAAAAGAGGCGUGGUUGGAAAAGAAUGCAGGUUUCGAUGUAUCUUCAACCAAAGUGACAAUAGUGAAACAAGAGCAGUUCUUUGAUAACAUUGGGCAAGUCAUGUUUAAGGUUCUAUACAGUGUGAAGGUCAAUGGCAAACCUGUGGAUAAAACUAACCUUGAUGAUAUUGAAAAUAGCCUCAUCAGCAGUAAAAUUAACUUCAAGACUGUGAAGAUGACUGAUGUCCAAAUUUUGGAAAAAUCAGCAGCUAAAAUCAAUUCAAGAGAUACAGUGACGCUUUAUUUGAAGACUUUGAAGAUUGAUUCUGAUGACAUUGGGGUGAUACAAGAUGCUUUAGCUGCAAAGUUGAAUGAAUUGUCACAAGCAAAUGGUUUAUCAUACUUGAAAGAUAUCAAAUGUGAAAUUGUGAGUCAAAUACGGGGUAUUAGUUACAAUCAAGGGUCCCUCGGUGCAAGUGUAUACAAGGUAGUGGUAGUAUUCAAGGAUGGUACUAAUGUUUUUAAACCAGACCUUUAUCCAACGAUAACAUUUGCUGACUGGAACAGUGUUAUAUCUGGCCUCAAGCAGUCUAUAGGAAGCUUGGACAGAUUCAGACAAAAACGAAGCGAUGAUUUACCUUCAUUUGCUGAGUGGGCAAUUGAUGUUGAUGAAAAUGUUAUUGAUGAGACGGCAGCCUUCAGUCUUGCAACAACAACUGACGUUCCUAUUGAUCAAUAUGGAAAUCUUGCUCAGGCUAUCAGCAAUGAUGUAAAAAAUGCCAAUCCAGAGCUUGCAGGCUCGAAUCUGGAUACAAGUGUUAUCAGACAGGGUCCUGUGAUCGUCCAAACUACUGGGCAAAGGCUCUCUAGGGUAGAUACAAUCAUUAAGGUAGAUGACCAGCCUCUGGAUUACCAAGAUUACCCCAAUAUCAACAUUAUUAGCGUAACUGAGGAGUUCAACAAAAUGACUAUUGAAAACGUUGUCAUCACAGAGGUUCAAAUCGACCAAUUGGUGUCCUUUGACUUUGCAUUCACAGUGGUUCUGACAGCCAAGGUACUUCCAGGUGACAUUGCUGCUUUAACACAGGCUCUUGUAGAUUAUCAUACUACAGAUGCUACAGUUACACGCGUGUCUAUAGUCAGUCAGUUCGAGGUUCUGAGCUUGUCCAGACAUUUGAUUGAGUUGAAAUACUUCCUGUACCAAGACAAUAUGGUUGUCAAUGCCAGAGAUGAGGCCCAGGUUGAUGUAGUGACUUUGAACUCUAAUUUUACUGAUGCGGGGCUAACAAUUGAGGCUGUGGACAGGUCUGAAGUGAUUGAUAUUUCCAAUGAGCUCUAUGUCGUAUUAAAUGCUCAGCUUGAAGAUGCAAAUUAUGUGGUUUUCCAAAGUAAACUUGAGGAGAUCCUAAGACAACUAAAUCCAGGUUUUUCAUCAUUGACCGUAACUAUCCGCAGGCAGCGAGAGGUAGUAACAACAGGAUACGCGUAUUAUCAGCUGACCUAUAUAUGUCAAGGUGAAAAUGAUGAAAUAAUUCCUGCAGCAUCUCUGACCACAUUCACUACCACCGAUCUUCAAUCCAAGAUCAAUUCCAUCACACGUGCCAGGGGAGGAACAUAUACAGCAAUAAAGAGUGUUUUGACGUUAUACAGUUAUGACUAUCGCUACAGCUUGUAUGUUAAAGAGGAAGUUAAUGCUAAUUUGUUUGAAACUUACUCUGAAGUGAUCAAGUUAGCUUGGCUGAAAGCAAACUCAGACUUUACAGAAGCGGCUCUCAAAGUACUGGUUUAUGAUGUUGAUGUAGUAUAUGAGAUCUCAACAGGGAAAAUUGAAUAUGAAAUUCUCUAUGUCAUGUCCCUUCAUAGUCAGCAAAUAGAUUCUGUAUUAACUGGUGAACUACCGUUACCAAUACUCACAAGCACUGUAUCCACAUUUAUCACUGACAAGACAUUGGUAACCAGCUUCACUGAACAUACACGUGGGGAAGUAAUGAGAGUCAGAUAUACAUCUCAAUUGUAUAUGUCCGACUAUGUCACUCAAACUGAUCUUCUGGAAUUCCAGAAUAGGAUGGUACGGGUUGUUGAGACUAAACUUUCUCUCACUGCUGGAUCAAGUGGACUAACAUGCUUCAUUAUUAACCAGGAAGAACUAUUCAGUGCUUCAUUAAAUCAACCUGUGUUUGAAAUAACCUUUGGGUUCCAUCUGAAUGAAGUAUCUUACAACAAGUAUCUGUACUCCGAGCUGGAGUUCACGGAAAUCAAAGACAAACUCCAAACCUUGAACAAGGACCCAACAGAUACAUAUGGGGAUAUAUUACUGGACCCUGUCACAAUAGGAAAACUUACAAAACCAGUUGAAAAGAAACCUGGUGGAUUCACAAUAUAUCUAGACAUGAGUCUGAAAGUGACAGAUGAGCAGGUGAUGAUGACUGCCUUGGUGAACUCAUAUAAACAAACAGCUGGAGACGUUACCAUGCAGCUUAUUACACAGACCGCAUACAUUGACUCUCAGGGAGAAACCGUGUAUGAGUUACUUGUAUCCAUUUCUGUGAACAACAUCAGCCUUCCUGAAGAUGACCCAUUCACAUUUGACAUCAGCUCUGUUAACACUGAAAUACAGAAAUUGACAUUUACACGAACAUAUACUGCGUUAGAUCUAGAUAUUGUUAAUUUGCGAAAAGAGAAGUUUGCUGUAUAUCUAUAUUUCUACAAAGAAGUGAGAUUGAUGGAUAUCGAUGAUAUUCAAGCUUCACUAGCAGAGUAUUUUAAGACCAUUGUUACAGGACCUGGCUCAGUAACUCUAUCAAUAUUCAAACAAAAUGAAUAUGUGAUAGCUGAGACAACUCAGACAGUAUAUAGAGCGGGCUGCUUCAUCAAUACUGGGAGCAAAGUUGUUGAUACAUCAACUAUGGGCACGAUUGACUACACCAAGUUAAGAUCUGUGCUUGAUAGCAGUAAAGUACAAUAUUCUAUAGUUGACCAAACGGAUGGGGUUACCUUUGUGGAUUAUACUACUUUGUAUUCAUUCUACACCAACCUCGAGAUAUCAGCAGAUAAUAUAGAAACACUGGAGUCUGCCAUUAAAAAAGCUUAUAACAACAGGGUAGAUAUCAAAAUAAUUAAGCAAGAGGAAGUCCUAACGAUAACUGGUGCAUCCACGAAUAAGAUUCUCUACCCUAUUACAACUGAUGUGGACAUUGCAUCAUUGUCAUUAGACAUGGCAUCCCUUGGAACCAAACUCACAUCGUUGACCUCACCUCAGGGUGUAGCAUACACCAUCGUAACUGAUACACAGGAAUACAUAAGAUCUGUUGCUUUGCAUAAAGUUUACUUUAGCAAAAAGAUAAAAGAGAAUCGCUUUGACAAACUGAAGACUGUUUUGAAUACCUACUGGAACCGUUAUUCUAGUGAUGUAGAAGUUGAAAUAGUCAAACAAGAGGAGCACAUAAAAGAAUUUGGUCAGUCAAUAUGGAAGGUAAUAUAUCUAGUGUCAACUGUGAAUAAAAACAAUGCGACUGUUUACCUCGGGCCAAACAAGCUUAAUGAACUUGAUAGUGCAGCUCUUCAAACAGACGUUACAGAUGCCAACAUAGUUGACAUAUAUGACAAUGUUUACACAAUUGUUUCCGGGGAAAACACGGUUGACUCCACCCGCACAUUCUAUGUCAGCUUCUCCAGAGCAAUUCUGGUCAUGGAUCUUCAGAAUGUACUCGAUGCAGUUGAAAAUGCUUGGAUGACAAAAUACUCAGAUUUGAGGAACAAGCCUACAAAACUUGUAUUUGGGAGUCUCACCGAAUAUAUAACAAAUGGUUGUAGAGUUUGGAAGAUUGAGUACUCUUUGAGAAUUUAUGAUCAGAUUAUCAACCCGGUUGUGUAUGGCGAAUUCACGACCAGUGAACUCCAAGCUGCUUUGUUUGGUGUUAAAGAUUCUGGCACAGCCAAUGACAAUUAUGCUUCAUAUGUAAUAAGUCCAGGUUCAAAUCGUCAAUGUAGACCUACACUAUCCACUGACCUGAGAAGUAGAGACUUGUUUGAUAUAACAUUGAUUGAAAAGGUUGCUGAAGCAGAUUACGUCAAGUUUGCUGACAUACUAAAGGAAAGUUAUCAAUCUGAAUCAAGUAUUGAUAUUGAUCUUACCCAACUUGAAGUUGCAGUGCAAGACAUGGAGGAGGUUGUGUUGAAUAGAAAGUCUUACUGGAGGUUGAUCUACUCUUUGAGCAUUGGAGAUCUCGUUCUAAGUCCCUCAGAUCUGGUGCCCAUUAAUCAAGAAAAGGGCCUUGUCAUUGAUGUAACAAGUGAGCUUGGGUUCAACUAUACAUUAGCUGUACUAGGGUCAGAUGUUCCAAUGAGAUCGGCGGUUGCAUUCACAUUGCUCUUGGACUCCCCCAUUGGUUUCAAAGACUUUGACAAUGUCACAACUGCAAUAAUGAAUUAUUGGAAAGAAUCGGAUUCGGCAAAGGUGACUAUAGAAUUUGGAACAGUUGAAGAGGUUGUCUCAUAUGAGAGAAGCUUUUGGCAGAUUUCCUUGUUUGUGACUGAAAAUGGGAUUGAUAUUGAUGCAAGGACAAGCAAAGACAUUGACAUCCAGGAUAUGCAAACAAGAUUAGAUCUCAUUACUGCUAAGGCUUACAAAGUAAUAAGUAAAGAGGGGAGAAUAUUGAGAAAGACCAAGGAAAGCUUCUCUGUAUACUUCAACUCUGAGGUCACAAGAACUAAUUUAGAGGUUCUUAAAGAAAGGAUAAAGGAAGUGAUAGUUGCGGCUGAUACCAAGAUCGAUAAAAAUGAUGUGGUUGUAACCCUUGGUGUCCAGGAAGAGGUUUUAAGUCUUACUGGGUCAUCAUACUGGCGCAUAAACUACUUUUUGGACAUAGAUGACAAACCCAUUGAUUCCAUGGUAACAGUUGAUAUCAAUGUUAAUGAACUCCAGGCCAGGUUUAAUAUAACUGGUCCAAAUGACAUCCCCUAUGCAGUUUUAAAAAUUACCAAGGAAGAUAGACGAGAUUUGAAACGAAUCAGUCAAGCAACAUCGUUGUUUGUGAAAUGGGCUGUCAGAAAGAAUGAUUUUGCUACCAUGAAAAGUGUUCUUCAGACAAUGUGGACCGGCGAAUUGGGUGUCGACGUUAUGGUGACGUUGGGUCAUCAUGAAGAGUACCUCCUGCCAACUGGUGACAGUGUAUGGAAGCUGUACUAUUAUAUUUACUAUGAUGAUACGAUUAUAUCACCAUCUGAAUUGCCAAUGAUAUCCGUGUCGAAGAUACAACAGAUAUUUAAGGAUAAUAAAGACAGAUUCAAAAUGACGUAUGAAUUGGAAGAAGGCAUUGAUGCAGUGAGAUUUAAGACAGCAUUUGGAUUGUUCUUAUCUCGUCCUAUACUUGAUGUUGAUAUUCCAAGAAUUGAGAACGCUUUAUUUGGUAUCUGGCAGAAAAAACUGAAAGGGGCCCAGGGUAUUCGUAUCAAUAUUAUAUCGAGAGCACGCCAUAUACAGAGCAAUGGUGCGGUAGUUUGGAAGAUCUUGUACACACUGGACAUUGAGGGGAAACUUCAGAACCCUGACACUCAACCGAAGCUAGAGCUUGAUUUGCUGAAUAAUGGUCUUGAUGUAUCAGUCGCCUCUACAUCAGAGUUGUACAAAGAUGCUGUUUUAAAAUUCAGGGAUUACAGCCUUACCCGCUAUGAAGGCCUGUACAAUGUGUACAUAUCGCACAAGGUUCUUCAAGAGGAUUUUGUGGCAUUCAAGGCUGAUUUGGAAAAUAUAUGGACUGCUCAACGAACAGAUUUGACUGAUGUUGAAAUAGUAAUCAGAUCCUCUGAGGAACAGCUAUUAUCUACUGGGGAGCCAAGUGGUUGGCUACUUCUCUUCUCAGUGUAUGCAGAUGGUAUGCUCAUGGAUGCUAGAGUUGACAUAGGUGAUACCAUCGACUACACCACCCUGGACGUCACCUCAAAUGUUGGCUUUAAGUACUCGGUACUUAAUUUACCAGCACAGGGAACAAUAAUCCUACCAUACAGAAUGUACUUCUCUAUCAUUGUGGAUAAUGUUGUCGGCAUUGAUGAUCUUGGAAAGUUUAAGACAGCCUUGGUGGAACAGUGGAAGACAUUGUUGCCAAAUAUUCUGCUUGAAGUCACCAUGGCCGAAGAGGUUGUGGCAUUAGGAUCAGAAGGAACAGAUGUAUACUGGAAGGUGCUAUACUAUGUGUACAAUAUAGAUACGGGUGCUAAUACAUUAUUGGAGCCAUCCCUGUACCUUCCUCUGGACACAUCAGCCCUGCAGGCUAAACUUAGCUUCGCUAACAGCAAGGGUCUUUUAUACACCCUCAUAAAUACAAAGAGUUUGGAACCCGAGCGAUUUUCUAAUCUUUACGGCUUGUAUUUCGACAAAGAAGUCAGUAAAGAGAGAUAUGAUGAUGUUGAAGCUGGACUAAAGGAGGCUUGGUUUGCCACCAUCACAGGGCUUUCAGAUGUUGACUCAUUUGAACUAAAAAUAGUACGACAGGAGGAGAUCAUACAGAAAUCGCAGAGAAGCUCGAAAUGGAAAAUCUUCUACUCUAUUAACAUUGACACCAGUCUCAAUAUCAACCUUGAUAAUAUGCCAACAGUACAACAACUUAAAGACAAAAUCAAGAUACCUAGCGACCAGGGUGACUACACCAUUGUUGAAAGAUAUACUGGGAACCAAUUUAGGCAGCAAUAUGCAUUCAAACUUGCAUUUGAUAGCUUUUUGAUUGACACUGACAUAGAUAACGUUCAAGCAGCAUUGCAGACAGCUUGGGAUCUUCACCUACCAGGUAAAACGCUAACCAUUGAGGUCGCGAGGGUAGAGGAAUACAUCCAUAUAACUGGGAGACCCCGGUGGAGUCUUUAUUACUACAUUAGCUACAAUGGCAGAGUUGUCCACCCUAAUAUGGUAUCUUCUAUAGACACCAACAGCAUAGAUGUUUCAUUCAUUAAUGCACUAGGUGGACAAUACAAUAUUAUUGACCUGGAAAAUGCAUGGAGAUCUUCAUUCAGUUAUGUGGUACAGCUAUCCAGGGCAGUUUUAGCAAUAGACUAUGAUGCUUUCAAGAAAGGAUGCGUUCAAGCAUGGCUUGAUGCGAAUCCAGGAUUUACAAGUUCUGACAUUGCACUUGUGUUGUCUGGACAACGGGAAUAUAUACAACAAAAUGGAGAUGCUGCAUGGGAAUUAAUCUACUUUGUCACGAAAGAUGAUGAAGUUUUGAACCCUCAGGCAUUCCGUAAAGUGACAAUAGAAACCUACAGGAAACAUCUCAGCAUUGAUGCCACUCAACUCAACCUGAAAUAUGACACAAUUCUACUUGAUGAUAUACUAGGUGUCCCAUACAGUGACCUCUUUAGUAUUCAACUUACAAAAGAGAUAUUUGAGACAGAUUUUGAGCUGGCCAAUAAUGGUCUGCUUUCUGCCUGGAAAUCUCAGUGGUCAGAUGCAAGUGCAAUAUCUGUUAUCCAACAAGAACCAUGCGUCGAUAGAAAUACAAGAACACCAAUUUGGAAACUGCUCUUUGAGGUUACCCCCAGCUUGAGCGAUGUAACAAUCACCCCUGGUAGCCACUUAUCCCUUACACAGAAUGCUAUGAAAGCAGCUGGGUGGGGCGUAGAUCAGUCAAGACUGAAUGGCUAUAAUAUUAUAGCUGCGGGAAGUGAGGAACUCCUCAGGAUCUCCCAGUCAUACGAGAUCAAUUUGAAUCUUAGGAUUCCACGUCAACAUCUCAGUCAGUUCAGAUUAAAAUUGAUAUCCCUGUUCAAAGCAAGAGGUUUGGAUAGUAAUGCAGAGGUUGAGGUUGUGAUUGGCAGACAGGUUAAAUAUAGGACCAAUAACAGCAAUUUCCCCUUCAUUACAAAGGCUUUCAUAUUCUUAGAAGUCAAUGAUGUCAUGACGAGUAGUACUACAUCACUACCAGUCACCCCACAGGAUUUAAGUCAACUUAUAGAUUUCCCCCACCCUAGGGGACUAGACUACAAUGCUGUUAUAGCAUCUGACUAUGUCAUGAGGGAAAACAGUCACAGACUUGAAUUGCACAUUAGCAGCAGAGUCUCAAGAAAGAACUUUGAUGACUUUUUGAAACUCAUAAAAAAUACCUGGUCGAAUAAUGUUCCUGGCCAUAUAACUGAUGUCGAAUUACAGGCGACAUGGAAAAAUAAAAUGGACAUUGAACUUAUCAACAGAGAGGAAUACAUUGGAGAUGACAGUUCUAUCUACCACAAGUUGAUAUACUACCUCUUUUAUGAUGCCACAGUCUUAAACCCUGAGCUUCUUUCUGACAAACCGGAAAUACCAUCAUCAGACAUAUCGUUCAAUGGACCUUAUGGUUUGACAUAUUCAGUGUAUGGCGGCAAAAUGAAGGAAGGAAUGAGUGAUCUAUAUACUGUGUUCCUCUCAGACAAUCUAGAUUUAGAGGAAGUGGAGAAUAUCACUAUUGUUUUGGAGAAGUCCUGGCGCAAGCAUCUGGAAGGUGGAAAUAUCCUCGGUGUCUCUGACACUAUCAGUAUAGAACUACUACUGGCACAACCCUGGGUUGCAGAAUAUGGGAAAUUCUGUACCAAGGUUGUGUACAUAGUCAAAGUGAAUGACAUCCGCUACAACCCAGAUGAGGAGGUAGGACCCUCUACUGACAUUAUCAAAUUUGAACUUGAGAUUGACGAAGAUGCCACAUAUGAACUGUUUGAAGGAACUGCCUUGACUCCUCUGGAGCUGAACUUCGAUAUUAUCGUGAACAGACUGGUUUUAGCUUCUGAGAGACAAUUAGUUGAGGAAGCUCUGUUAGCUGCUUGGCAGAAUUUCAGAUCAGAUCUCAGUGAUCUUGAGGUGGACAUUAUCUUGUCAGAGGAGCUGGAAGGCGCAAAUUCUGUACCAGUAUAUCGUAUCACAUACUCUGUGAAAUCUAAAGGCAUCUAUCUGGAGUCUUGGGAAGAGGACAAACCAUCAAAUGCAGACUUCAACAAAUACUUAAAGGAGAAGCUCGCUAAUAAACAACCCUUUAAUAUAUACACGGGUAGCUGGUUCAGAUUGUAUAGAUUGAAACUGAGGAGAGGUUUACGAAAAAGUGAUGAGGCAACUAUUAUUAAGGCAUUGGUUGAAGCUUGGAAAGACAACAAUAAAGAUCAAACGUCUGAUGUCACCAUUACCAUAAGGAAAAGACAACAUCGUCGUCGGACAAACUGGAAUAAACUGGUAUACGUGUGGUACACUGUGGUUGUCAACACCAAUGAUGCCCAGGAUAUAGGCUGGAAGAAGCCACGAAGGCGUAAUGUGACAAAGAUCCUUCGAAAAUACAAGCUGGAAAGAUGUGUGGGUUGUAAGGGAAAGAAGAGUAAAUUCAAGGCAUUUAGGGCGGCUAAAGCUCCAGCAGCUCCAGCGGUACAGGCUGGUGUAACGAAUGCAUGGAGAGCUGCAAAUCCACGUAUUCCACCUAGAAAGGUGCAGUGUUCUACUCUCACGAGAGGUCGCAAAGGAGACAAAGGAAGGCGUAAGAGACAGUCAGAUGCCUCUAGUGAUGGCGAGGAUGAUGUAGUUUUCACAGAUGAUGAUGGGAAUGAAUUGGAAGGUGUGGAGUAUGUAGUGGGUGUUGAUGGUGAAGAGCCUGACCCUACAUUUGUUGCUGAACCCAAUGCUACUCUGCUAGAAGAUAGCCUUAAGGCGGCAGGAGCUGAGGAAUGUGGCUGUGAACCAAGCAAGCAGAAUAAGGUCACCGUUACAGGGGAUGUCCAAGAAAAUGCUCCCAUUGAAAAAGUUCUGAAGGAUGCUGUACAGGAAGCUAAUCCAGAUGUGCCAGAAAGUGAUUACACUGUUUCAUUACUUAAAGUUGAGCCAGGAACCUGGGAACAUGAUGGAGAAACGAAACCAGUUUCCAAACUGACCUACAAAGUGUCAUGUACAGGGGACGGAUGUGAUAUAGGUGCCCUAGAUACUGAGAGCCCACAACAGAUAAACAGCACUAUGCAGGGAGUACAGAGAAUGGUUGUGAUUGACCAAGGUGACAUAAAUAUUCCUGAAGUCACAACUAAACCUGGUGAUGUCACAACAAAACCUGGUGAUGUCACAACUAAACCUGGCAGUGUCACAACUAAGCCAAGUGAUGUCACAACUAAACAAAGUGGUGGCACAUUGUCUCAGACUGGCUGGGACACAUGGGCUAUAGUAGCUUUAGUGUUGGGGGUUUUUGCUCUCUUCAUUAUUGGAAUGGUACUCAUCGUUUUAGUUUUAAGAUUUACAAGAAGAAAGGGGAAAUCACCUGACCAAGAAUCUGGAAGAUCAAGCGAGGACAAAAAUAACAUUAUAGUACAUCAUCACAAUGGUCAUCCCAAUAAUCACCAGAGGGGCCAUAAGCGUGCAACUAAACGAUCAAAUUCCCCUACAAGGUCAAAAAAUAACACAGGCUUUGGCUAUUAUGAUUCAAGUGAACCUUAUGGUAUCAAUGGACCAUUACAUUACGAAGCUAAGGUUCUUUAACACACAUUUUUUAAAUACAAAUUAGAAUUAAAUACUAAUUCAUGGAGUACACAUUGAUUUAGCACACAUUUACAUGUUCCAGAAAGACUAUCAGAAUAUUAGAGUGCCCAGUGAAACAAAGCACAUGUAAGUGCAUUAAAUUCCUAAUAUAUAACCAAUUGCUGUUUGAAUCCAUUUUAAUCAAAUGCCUAUUGAAAUUACUACGUUAACCAAAGACUGUACCACUUGAGUGAAGCCUGGUUUUUGGUUAAACCAAAAAUAGAAAUGAUAACUGUUUUUAGUUUCAAUAUUUUAUGAUUCCUAAGGCCUGGCAUCUACAAAAAUAUGUGUGGUCAAUGAUGUUAUAAUCUUUGAAACAUAUUUACCGGUAGUUGAAAUGCUCAGUAUAUUUUAUAAGAAAUCUAGAUAGACUAAGAGGACGUAGGUUUUAAAAAUAAGUACAUCACAUAUUACAAUAUUUUAAGCAUAUAUUUUUGUAUUCACAAUGCACCAGUACAUGUACAGUAUUUAGAAUAUAUACUCACAAAGAUUAUAUUUUCAUAUACAACUAUUCAAAAUGAAACAUUUCAUAUAUUUACCUGAUCAAAAAUGACCAAAUGAGAUGUUAUUGUAUCAAAAUAAUUGUAUUGUACAUAAUUGUACUUAAAACUAUAUGGAGUAAAUGAUGCAUUUACAUAGACUAAAGCAACAGUUAACCACAUAUGAUUACAUUUUGUAAACUUUUGAUUUUUAAGUAAUAAAGCUGAUUAUUAAGUACCUGAACUACUUACAAAA